GAUAUUCCUAGUACUAAAUAACAUCAAUGUUUUCUCUCCCGCCGGUUAAUCGCAAGUGACGCCGGCCGCCGUGUCACCUUUUAACCCAAUCUUAGAGAGAGAGAGAGAGAGAGGAUGCAUGUAACAAUAAUGGACCGGAAAGAGUUUUGCUUUCUGUAAUAAGGAGGAAAUGUAUAAAGUCCGAGGAGGAGGAGGAGGAGGGGGCGAAUCGAAGACGGAGAUGAGCCAUCUUGAACAGAAACGGAUCAAUGAUGCUCUAGACAAGAACUUGGAGCGAUCUUCUCCGUCCACUUCCCGGGAAGGAUAUAAUGCCAAGGAUAAAGAUGUUGGUAAAACGCCGCCUGACAAUAAUAAUAAUAAUAAUAAUAAUAAUAAAGACUCUCGCUCUAUGUCUUUGGAUGAAAAGAAACGUUUCGAUGCAGUGGAAUAUGAAACUGAGAGCGAGGAGUCAGAUGUUAGCGGUUCUGAUGGAGAAGAGGCAUCUUGGAUAUCAUGGUUCUGUAGCCUUCGAGGAAAUGAAUUCUUUUGUGAAGUUGAAGAAGAUUACAUCCAAGACGAUUUUAAUCUCUGUGGCUUAAGUGGACAAGUCCCUUACUAUGAUUAUGCUCUGGAUUUGAUUCUGGAUGUUGAGCCUUCUCAUGAUGCAGGUGAUACGUUUACAGCGGAACAAAAUGAAUUGAUAGAGUCAGCAGCAGAGAUGCUUUAUGGGUUGAUUCACGUACGCUAUAUACUGACAACCAAAGGAAUGGCUGCUAUGUUAGAGAAGUUCAAGAAUGCGGAGUUUGGGAGAUGCCCAAGAGUUUAUUGCUGCGGACAACCCUGCCUCCUUGUUGGUCAAUCAGACAUACCUCGAACAGGCACUGUAAAGCUCUACUGUCCCAAAUGUGACGAUAUUUAUAGCCCCCGCUCCAGGUUCCAUAGUAACAUAGAUGGUGCUUAUUUUGGUACAACAUUUCCUAACCUGUUCCUGAUGACCUAUGGACAUCUCAAGCCACAGACACCAUCACAAAGCUAUGUACAAAGAGUUUUUGGCUUCAAGAUCCACAAUCCGUGAAUAUGAGUUCCUUCAUUCAAUGUGAGGGUGGAUUUGCUGAUUUGGACACUUUUGAAAUGCAGAUACAGACAGCUCGAGUCUUCUAUGAUGAUGCUUUAAUGGAAAUGCCAAAGGAAGCUAUUACUGUCAUAAAGAUAUGUUGUAUCAAUUCCGUCUUCUUGGAUGGGAGAAAAAAAUAUAUAUAUGCAUGGAAGCGGUUUAGUUUACAUUCAAAGAAGCUAUCCAAACUUAGGUUUGGAUUUUAUGUUUUGUUUACUUUCUUGUUCUAUGUUUGAAACAACAUCAUAUGUUAUUUUCUUAUAGUUGAAAUCUUCUUUCUUCA